UCUGACUCUCAUAUUCUCACUCUUUGUUGUUCGCAUACCGGCAUCCGUGUUCAUGAAAGCCGCAAGCUUAAUAGCAUUAUCGUCUUCAGUUUCUACUCCUCGCUGCCUCCAUGGGCGACAAUGUCGUCAUUUAAAGUAUACAGAUAUCCGGACCAUCGGAAUCUCUUGUUCUCUCCGUCGCCGAAAACCAAAGACUAAGACGAAACCGGCUUCCAAUGAAAAAAUUGAGAUGGUAAUCGACAUAGAAGAGAUAGCGAACCAAGCUUCUACAUCGCUGAGAAGGAUUAUCAGGUCAUCCGAAGUGAGAUUACAUCGAUUCGUUUCGUCCGGUAAGGAAGCUAUCAGGGAUUUGCAGGCUCUGGUUAUGAUCGAUAGCGACCGGAGGAUUGUAAUCUCUUGUCGACGUUCUUCGCUGCUGUUCUUGGCGAAUUUUGUGCUGUGGAGUUGCGUCAUUGUGUUUUCUGUGAGGGUUCUGGUGGACUUAGGGUUUAGGUUUGGGUCUAGACUUGGAUUUGGGUAUGGAAGUCUGAUUUGGAGGAGGGAUCGGAGUCUUGGAGGUAGAGAGGUGGUUGUCGGGGGGAGAUUUAGGGGGAGUGAAGAAAGGAAGAAGAACUUAAGUGUUUCCGUUAAUCCUCUUUCACCUGCUCGAGUAAUGGUGACGAAAGUCGAAGAAAUGCAGCCGCAAAAACGUGUCACAGUACGAGAGAAGAAGCUCCCUAGUUGGUGGCCAGUUUCGCUUCCUUCGCCGACCCUAAUGGUUAACAAGGAGGAGUUGCAGAGGGAGGCGAAUAGAAUUAUUAGAGCAAUCAUGGAUAACAAAAUGAGCGGGAGGGACUUUAUGGAAGAAGAUGUCAUGCAUUUACGUCAAAUAUGCAAAACUUCUGGCGCAAGGGUUUCAAUGGAGACAGCUAAUGCACGGAGUUCUUUCUAUCGUACUUCAGUUGAAUUGGUUCUGAACACUUGCAUCAGUUCAAUGAGCUAUAAACCUGUUCAGAUGGGUGGUGAAGAUGCACGACAAUUUGUUGCUGGGCUUGCUGAUAACAUUGGGCUUGAGGACAUUGAUGCUGUGAGAAUUGUGUCAGCAACGGUUGCAGCACGCACACGCUCACGCUUUUUGCAGGCUUGGGCAUUUGAAAUGCAAGGAAGUCAUUCUGAAGCAAUGGUAGAACUAUCAGGAAUCUGUCUCAUUCACCAGAUAUUUCCUCCUGAAGAAUCCUCUCCUGAGAUGGACAUGGUGGCUCGUGGUCUUAAAAAACAAUUAAGAGAAGAUCAAAGGAAAUUUCUAUUGAAUCUGCUUGUUGGGGUAUGUGGUGCUAAGAGUCGCAGAAGUGCAGCAGAAGCUCUUGGUCUAGAUGUCUACUAGAAAUGAUCACUUGAUGGUGAGCUUUGGUCCUGCUGUAUACAAUUCAAUGUCCGUAUUGCUGAGAAGAUUUGGAGUUUGACUGCAUGUGAUUCUGUAAGUACACUUCAAACUGACAUUUUCAUUUUCUUAAAUAAGGCUUUCCAUUUUUUGCAACUACUAUACCAUAUUACAAAAUUCCAUAUCGUUCAUUGUAAUUUUCUGAUUUCAUUUUCUUUUGGAGGGAUGCUUUUCUGAGUUUUGUAUUCCCUGACAUUGGUUACCAAAAGAUCUGCUAGUCAUAGUAACAUUAUUAGUUAUUAUCAAAACAAUCAUGUAAAUAUUAUCCAAAAAAAAAUAGUAACGUAUUAGUAAUU